CAGGAGGAAGCCGCCAGGAGGACUUUCCGCCGCCCGGUUCAGGGGUUUCCAGUGUGGGCGGAGCAGGAAGCAGAGAGGCGGCUGCGGUUCCUGAUGUAGCUGUAAACACUCUGAGGCUGUGAAACUCACCGGCUGGCCGCCAUGUGUGAGGCCGUGCUGCUGGACCUGAUCCACGGCUGCUGCCCGGCCUGCACCGGCGCGUCUCUGCGGGAGGAGACCGCUGCAGACCCGCAUGUGUUCCUGCUGUGCGGGAAACGUUACCGGGAGGAAAACGUGCUGUCGGACGCGUUUCUGAGCUCGCGCAGCAGCGUGCACGUCCUGGACUCCGACUCCACCGCGGAGUGUUUGUACCGGUUCAAGCGGACUGUGGACGAGCUGGACCUGAGCUCGGUCCGGGUCCUCACGUCCCCGCGGGGCCGAGAGGUGCUGCGCGUGUACCAGGAGCGGCUCUUCACGGCCGUGUACACCUUUGAGUACAAGGUGAGGUCUGCGGACAGCCUCACCUGUCCGAGCUGCGGCGGCUCCGCCCACACCGACCCACCUGGUGCAGGAGUCCACGAAGACGAAGACGUGUCCGCGUUUCUGCAGCAGCUGCCUGCGCUGAAGGGAGACAUCACAGUCCUGAAGUCAACGCUGAUCCCAGACUGUUUCGGUCAUGGCUUCAGUACUCGUUCAGGCGGUGUGUCCUACAUCCCGACCCUGUCCUCCCUGAAUCUGUUCAGCAGCAGCAGGAGGAGGGACCCCGGGGCCGUGGUGCAGGAGAACAGACGGCGGCUGGCCCUCCACGCUGGUUUCCACCCUCGGCCUCUGCGUAUGGUCAAGGCGAAUCACGCCAGCGAUGUUUGGGUUCUGGGGAAAGCCGAGCCGGAGAGCUACGACGCCAUGGUGACCGACCAGACCGGGGUGGUUUUAGCAGCUCCGGGAGCCGACUGCAUGCCCAUCCUGUUCGCUGACCCGGUGUUGAAGGUCAUCGGCGCCGCUCAUGCAGGUUGGCGAGGAACCCUGAUGGGGGUCGCAAUGGCGACGGUGGAGGCCAUGGUGGCGGAGUUCGGCUGCCGGGUGAGCGACAUCCUGGUGGCGGUGGGGCCGUCAGUGGGGCCGUGUUGCUUCACCAUGCAGAGAGAGCAGGCGCUCGACUUCCACCGCGUCCACCCGGACUGCGUGGCUGACCCAGAGUCAGCCCGACCACACGUCAACAUCCGCCUCGCCAACAGGAUCCUCCUUCAGAAAGGCGGCGUCCUGCCUGAAAACAUCCACGACGACACGGCGGCCGGUCGGCCCCGCGUGACGCCCUGCACCUCCUGCCACCCCGAGGCCUUCUUCUCGCACGUCAGAGACGGACUCAACUUCGGCACCCAGGUGGGCUUCCUGUGGAUCAAGGAGACGGGGGAACGGGCCCCCGGGGGCCCGAAGCCACCUGCUGCUGCACCUGUUUAACACUGAGCGGGUGGAAACACCUGGAGGCAGCAGGUGGAGCAGAUCACUCAGGUUAUUAGAUCCUUUCUAAUAAUGUUAAAUAAUAAUCUGAUAACAUUUUACUGCUUUACAUUUAAGGACUUCCUGUACCUUUGCUGUAGUAAAUGAUCUGAAUACUUCCUCUUCUGUGUACUUGAUGCUGUUCUGUCUGAUUUUAUAUAUAUAUUAAAGUGAAAUAUUUAACACGA